AUAUAAUAUUAUUUAUUAUUUAUAGACAAAAUAAUUUACAAAUAUAUCUUGUUAAUGGUUUGGAGUUUCUUUAGUGAGUUUUUCUUUAGUGCCAACUAGUGCACAACAGCCACCUGCAACCAAGCCACCACCAGCUACCAUCACUGCCUCUCAGUCUGUAUUGACAACCAAGCCCCUGGAGAGCCCUGUAGAGAGUCGCUAGAUGUGGGCCAUGGCACGACAGUUAGACUGCCACCAGCUACCACAAUUGUCCCUUUGCGGACAACCAAGCCCCCUGGAGAGCCCUGUUAAGGGUCGUUAGAUGUGGAGCAACCUUCUGCCUUCACAGAAUUGAUGAAGCCCACAGUAACAGAAUUUCCCUUCAUCGAGAGCUGGCGAGCCUGUGUGCCAGAGGUGGACCAGCAGUGGAUUUCUAAAUCCCUGUUCACUUACAGCAGUAAGGGCCACCCAGAGCUGGAUGACAGAAAGCUAGAUGGCUUUUGAUAUUACCCUCCUAAGCCCCAGCCACUACCAAACCAAAAGCCAAGGCUUGACAGAUAUUUCGGACUUCGGCUGUUCCUAUGGAUCCCACAGCGGUUAUGCAGGAUGGCGCUGACCUGUCCCUUCUGCAGGGUGACCCAUCUUACCAAGCAGGGUCUGUACCGGUUGACCAGGAUGGUGCUGGACAUAGAUUCUUUUUAAUUCUUGCAACUGAGAAUUUGCACUGUAUCAAGUGCAAGAAAAAUCAGAUAGGCUGGAGUGAUGCCAUAUUGGACCAGCUGGAUCCGGCUACCAGGUCUUUGUUUCCGGUACAGAUGAUGUACCAUAGCGCAUGUGACAAUCGUGUCAUUUACUUGUUGCGCCAGAGAGGCUUAGGUAACAGUCCUACUCAGCUGCAGAAGCAGAGCACGGAGCUGCACAAUUUACGUUGGACAAAGCAAGAACUGCAGUACAUGAGCGACUGUGCUUUGUACUGCAAGUCGGUGCAGUCUAGGUUAAUUCUGACAACUUUCGAAGAGCCGCCCCCACACUACCCAUUACCAACAUACCAGUGGUUUCUUCCUGUUUAUCAGCAGGAGGUUUUAUCUCGGUCGGAAGAGGUCAAGGCGGCAGUGACAUCCAUCUUUGGUCGGGUAUUAAAGAUGGACUCUACUAAGAAGGUAACCAAGAAGCUGGCGGGUAAAGCUGCUCGGACAGCUGCGUGGUCCACUUACCUGGGUAAUGAGUAUGGCCAGGUACUCAUGAGUGCUAUUACAGCCAUCGAAGGGUGUGGACUGGAGGAGAUGGUGUCAGGCAUCCUAAGACACUAUUCGGAGGCUGAUGUUUUACCGCCAGUCCUGCUGUAUGUGGACAGCAACUGUUGCGGGAAGUCCGCACUGAUGGAAAUUUUCAGGAGUGCUUGGCCUCACUUUGUUGUGGGAUUGGAUGUGUGGCACUUCAUGCAGCGUCUUGCUGUAGGGGUCACAACGGACACCCACAGACUGUACGCUACAUUCAUGGGUCAGCUUUCAGCCGCCAUCUUCCAGUGGGACAGGACCGACCUGAAUCUCCUUAAGUCAGCAAAACGGGAAGAACUUAUUCAUUCCAACAUCCAAAACCCCUCUGACUCGGAUAUCCAAGCCCGUCUAGACCGGAAGGAGUUGUCCCUGCACUGUUGUCGAAUGACUCGAAGCACAGAGGUCAUCAGGGAGAGGAUCCAGGCUGUCUUGGAGUUGUUCGAUGGUGACUCUGGAAGGGAUACCAUGGGCGUACCACUGCUUCAUCAUGAGCGUAUCUGGGAGCUCUGGAAACAGCAGCAGAAGCAUGUUGAGUGCCUUCAGGACCCUAAAGGUGUACAGCUAUACACUCAGACAGGCACACUGAAGAAGGGGGGUGUGGUGUUGCCUGUGUAUCGCUGUGCGCGAGGAUCUACCUCCUUAGAGUCUUUCCAUCUGCAAUUACAGCGAUUCAUUCCUGGAACCAGUGCUAGCGCCAGCAACUUCCAGACUUACCUGCUGGAGGGCCUGAUGCACUGGAACGAAGACAGACAGAUUGCUGCAACCAGCACUGAGAAGGAAACUGUAUUGUAUGACGCACGGUUGAAGACCCCCACUAACAGACUGAGUCAGAAGCUCUUCAACAAGAAUAUUUUCCCUACAUUCCAGCCUCCAAACAAAUACACUGGAGAGCUGAUAGGUAUUGAAUACCUAUACAGCCAAACUGGUAAGUCUCUAGGUGCUCAAGACCCUGUUGUUGAGACCGAGCCUGAUGCCAGCCUCUUAGAUGAGGGCUUUGAGGACCCCGCGGCGAUGGAUGAUGAUGAUCCAACCAUCCAGAUAGAGGACUCGUUCCUGUCUGCUUUGAGUCGUGAGAGGGCUAGGCAUAUCAUGCAGCAGAACAGGCCGUCUCAAUCAGAGUUGUCUGGGAAUGCUAUGGAUGCAGAGCAGACGAAGAAAGUUGUGCAAAGAAAAAGUCCAGCUUAGCACAAAAUCCCACCUACAGCAACUGGUGUCUGUAUUGGAACAGCAACAGCAGCUACUGUUACAAUAACUGCAGCUACUAUCACAUCGUCAUCUGCUGCAGCUACAGUAACAUCAUCUUCAGUAGCAGCUACAGCUACAUCAGUUAUGGCUACCAGUUCUGAACUAGUUGAGGAUCAAGCUGUGGACUCGGUUGGACCAGACAGGGUUCCAGGUUAUGGUCAUGUGAUGGCGUUGCAGAGUAUUUGUUUAACUUGAAAGACAAGGAAACUAAGGCCAUUACCAAUGCCGAAGCUGACCACAUCGUGAAGCUGUGGUCUAAGAUGUGGACCGACAUCAGACCCAGCUGAUCAAAGGACGCUUCAAGGCCCCGAAUACAUCCCGAAUACAGUUGAUUCCUGGUGUCCAGAGUGUCAAAAGGCAAGAAAACUACACAACAUCACAUGACAUUACUUCAUGUUCCAUUUGUCAAUGUUUAAGCUAACAACUUCAUCAGGAUAGAAUAGCAAAUAAGCAGCCAUAUACACAUAUAACACCAAUUAAAACUGUUUUAUAUUUAUUAUUGGUGCGACGUUAUUAGUCAUAUUACAUAAACAAUGAUCUUUAACGAUUACAGAUGUGCAUUGGCCCCACACCUUGGUCCAUUCACGUGGCCUGACUGAAACAGGUAUCAGGAAGCCCUGCUGGUCAAGUUAUGCGCUGCUUUCACAGGUUCCACCACCAAAGAUGGCGUUCCCCAGGCACGGUGGCGGACUGUACUGGAAAAGUACAAUUUAAUUCGGAAGAUGGUCUUCAACAGUCAGCGUGUGAUUCAAGACACACGCAUUCAGCUGGCAGAUAUAAACCAGGGUACCUUGACAGCUUGGGACUCGCCCUUCAGAUGGUUCCACUGGUAGCACCUGAGUCUCCGCCAGCGCCCAUGAAAAGGCCAGUUGCCUUGGAGAUGGGAACAACUGACCCACACAAGUUCCCCAUCCAGAGCAGCACUAAAGGCGAGCUAACCAGAGUGCGAAGAAGAAUUCUUCCACCAGAAGUGUGCAAGCCAGAAGUGCCAGUGCCAAUUGCACCAGCACCAACUGUGCAAUUUGUGACUGCUCCCGCCCCUGACCUGGCACCGACAUCGUCAAUUUCAGCCCCAGCUGAACCUCACCUGCCGUACUCAACCAAGCACUACAGGAAAAAGAAGCUGGAGGCUGAGCAUGCAGGGGAGUUCCGGAGACAGUACAACAAGAAGCUGUCAUACCGCAGCUGCAAUAAAUGUUUCGAGGACAGGAACACAGGAGGACAUAAACAGUAUUACUGACAUCGGUGGUGUCCCUUUAAGUCCUCGGAAACUUAUGAGGAGUUGAUAAAUGCCCUUAUGGUGAAGGGCUAUGGAAAAAAGAAAACUGAAUAAAUUAAAACAUGAACAGUUAGACAAACAUCACAUUUUUCAAUAUCUGGACUAAAUAACGUUCUCACACAGUGCUUUUUGACUAUUUACAACAAAAGGGUUAACAUCAACUAAAGUAACAAUGAAAAAACAUUCUGAAUGCUGCCUAGCUUUUAUUAUGCCUCCCUUCGAAGAAGAGGGGGUAUAUUGCUUUGCUCAUGUCGGUCAGUCGGUCGGUCGGUCGGUCCGUCCGUCCACCAGGUGGUUGUCAGACGAUAACUCAAGAACGCUUGGGCCUAGGAUCAUGAAACUUCAUAGGUACAUUGAUCAUGACUUGCAGAUGACCCCUAUUGAUUUUGAGGUCACUAGGUCAAAGGUCAAGGUCACGGUGACCUGAAAUAGUAAAAUGGUUUCUGGAUGAUAACUCAAGAACGCAUACGCCUAGGAUCAUGAAACUUCAUGGGUAGAUUGAUCAUGACUCGCAGAUGACCCCUAUUGAUUUUGAGGUCACUAGGUCAAAGGUCAAGGUCACGGUGACCCGAAAUAGUAAAAUGGUUUCCGGAUGAUAACUCAAGAACGCAUACGCCUAGGAUCAUGAAACUUCAUGGGUAGAUUGAUCAUGACUGGCAGAUGACCCCUAUUGAUUUUCAGGUCACUAGGUCAAAGGUCAAAGGUCACAGUGACCAGAAAUAGUAAAAUGAUUUUUGGAUGAUAAUUCAAGAACGCAUAUGACUAGGAUCAUGAAACUUUAUAGGUAGAUUGAUCAUGACUCGCAGAUGACCCCUAUUGAUUUUCAGAUCACUAGGUCAAAGGUCACGGUGACCAGAAAUAGUAAAAUGAUUUUCGGAUGAUAACUCAAGAACGCUUUUGCCUAGGAUCAUGACACUUCAUAGGUACAUUGAUCAUGGCUGGCAGAUGACCCCUAUUGAUUUUGAGGUCACUAGGUCAAAGGUCAAGGUCACAGUGUCAAAAGUCGUAUUCACACAAUGGCUGCCAGUACAACGACAGCCCAUAUGGAGGGCAUGCAUGUUUUACAAACAGCCCUUGUUAAGUAUUACUCACUGAUUUAUGCAUUUGUGUUUUGCUUAUAUAAAAGCUAGAAGAGCCCAACCUUUAUGGUACAUGUCACAAAUGAAGUGACAACUGCCUUGAAAAGCAGAGGGAAAAUGAUUUGUGUUUAUUAAGCUUAAAAACAUGCAUUUAGACUUUCUUGUAUCAAUACCUUUGUAAUUAUGCCCCCCUUCGAAGAAGAGGGGGUAUAUUGCUUUGCACAUGUCCGUCGGUCUGUCGGUCCGUCCACCAGGUGGUUUCUGGAUGAUAACUCAAAAACGCUUGGGCCUAGGAUCAUGAAACUUCAUAGGUACUUUGAUCAUGACUCGCAGAUGACCCCUAUUGAUUUUGAGGUCACUAGGUCAAAGGUCAAGGUCACGGUGACCCGAAAUAGUAAAAUGGUUUCCGGAUGAUAACUCAAGAACACUUAGGCCUAGGAUCAUGAAACUUGAUAGGUAGAUUGAUCAUGACUUGCAGAUGACCCCUAUUGAUUUUCAGGUCAGUAGGUCAAAGGUCAAGGUCACAGUGACCCAAAAUAGUAAAAUGGUUUCCGGAUGAUAACUCAAGAACGCUUAGGCCUAGGAUCAUGAAACUUGAUAGGUAGAUUGAUCAUGACUCGCAGAUGACCCCUAUUGAUUUUCAGGUCACUAGGUCAAAGGUCAAGGUCACAGUGACCAGAAAUAGUAAAAUGGUUUCCGGAUGAUAACUCAAGAACGCUUGCGCCUAGGAUCAUGAAACUUGGUAGGUAGAUUGAUAAUGGCUGGCAGAUGACCCCUAUUGAUUUUGAGGUCACUAGGUCAAAGGUCAAGGUCAUGGUGACCCAAAAUAGUAAAAUGGUUUCCGGAUGAUAACUCAAGAACGCUUAUGCCUAGGAUCAUGAAACUUCAAAGGUACAUUGAUCAUGACUCGCAGAUGACCCCUAUUGAUUUUCAGGUCACUAGGUCAAAGGUCAAGGUCACAGUGACCAGAAAUAGUAAAAUGGUUUCCGGAUGAUAACUCAAGAACGCUUGCGCCUAGGAUCAUGAAACUUUGUAGGUAGAUUGAUCAUGACUCGCAGAUUAUCCCUAUUGAUUUUCAGGUCACUAGGUGAAAGAUCAAGGUCACGGUGACCCGAAAUAGUAAAAUGGUUUCCAGAUGACAACUCAAGAACGCUUAUGGCUAGGAUCAUGAAACUUCAUAGGUACAUUGAUCAUGACUGGCAGAUGACCCCUAUUGAUUUUCAGGUCACCAGGUCAAAGGUCAAGGUCACAGUGACAAAAAACAUAUUCACACAAUGGCUGUCACUACAACGGAGAGCCCAUAUCGGGGGCAUGCAUGUUUUACAGACAGCCCUUGUUAUUUAAUAAAGUUGACAUAUACUUGUAAUUAAUAUUGCUGUUAAUGGGAACA